GGAUUGGGAUAUUCAAGCAGCGCCAUGGACAACAACCUCCUUAUUGAUUUACAUAACACUAUACACAUGCUGUAUCUGCAUCACACAACUGUCACCCAAAUGAGGAUGGGUUCCCUCUUGAGUCUGGUUCCUCUCAAGCUGAAUCUUUGAAGAACAGAGAAAUGAAAUCGGUGAAGAAGCUCAUCAUCAUUUACUCUCUAUUUCAAGCUGUGUUGUGUAGAGAAUUCUCCAUCACUCUACCAGAGAGUGUAGAAGCUCUGAGAGGACUCUGUGUUCUCAUACCCUGCAGAUUUCAGAUUGAAGAACAAUACGAUAAAGACCUCCAGAGAGAUUCUACAGGAAUCUGGUUAUUAAACGGCAUUGAUGGUAACAGUAAUAAAGUCUUUAACUCUAAAGUAACUACAGAGAACAAGAUUGAAGGUGAAAUUAUAGGAGAUCUCCUCAUGAAGAACUGCACCACCAUCUUCUACAACAUCAGUGAGAGAGACAGAGGAAAAUAUUACUUUAGAUUAGAGGCUACUGGAUCUCUAAAAUACAAUUAUAGAUCACCAGUAUCUCUAAGAGUGCGAGACUCUCCAAUCAGACCCUCAAUAACACUGUAUAAGGAGGAUCAGGGGGAGGUGGAGGACCAGAAUGAGGUGGUGGAGGGAACUUCAGUGAGUCUCAUUUGCUCUGCUCCAUCUGCUCCAUGUCUCUUAAAUCCUCCCACUUUUACAUGGAACUUCCUGCCUGAGGAGAGAAGACAGGAGCAGAACCACAACACCAGCUUCAGCUCCUCUCAGCUGAACUUCAACGCUACUCACCUGCAUCAUGGACUCACUUUCACCUGCACCACCACCUACCAGCUCCAGAACCAGAACAAAUCAGCACAGAGCUCUCGUACUCUACAUGUUCUGUAUGGUCCUAGAAACACAUCAGUAUCAGUGUCUCCAUCUGCUUCAGUGCUUUUGGGCAGUUCAGUGUCUCUGAGUUGCAGCAGUGAUGCAAACCCAGCAGUGCUGAACUACAUCUGGUACAGAGAGAACGGAGAGCAGAUAGGAACCGGAAACCAUCUCACCAUCAACACCACUGAUUCUACACACAGAGGUUUAUACUACUGUAGAGCUCAAAACCAGCACGGAGAUCACAACUCAUCUGUGGUCCUGGAUGUUCAGUAUGGUCCUAGAAACACAUCAGUAUCAGUGUCUCCAUCUGCUUCAGUGCUUUUGGGCAGUUCAGUGUCUCUGAGUUGCAGCAGUGAUGCAAACCCAGCAGUGCUGAACUACACCUGGUACAGAGAGAACGGAGAGCAGAUAGGAACCGGAAACCAUCUCACCAUCAACACCACUGAUUCUACACACAGAGGUUUAUACUACUGUAGAGCUCAAAACCAGCACGGAGAUCACAACUCAUCUGUGGUCCUGGAUCUUCAGUAUGCUCCUCAGGUCUCUUCCUCCUCCAGCUGUAACAGCAUGCAGGAUAUGAUCAUGUGUUCCUGUGAGGUUCAUGGAAAUCCAUCUCCUAAACUGGACUGGAGACUCUCUGGUCAAACUCUCUCUUCAUCUGAGGCCACAAACAUCAGUCUGGAAUCUGUGGGUGAUACGGGUUUAAGAAGCUUAAUCUCUAUCCAAAAAUCAGUUAACGGCGUUCACACUCUGCAGUGUGUUGGUGCCAAUGAGCUGGGCGUUGCCUCACUCUUCUUGUCCUUUAUGAACAAGGCUCCAUGCUCUGAUAAAGGUUCAGGUGUGGAUGUUCCCUCAGUGCUGAUUGGUGCUGCUGUUGGAGCUUCAGUAAUGAUGAUGCUGUGUGGUGUAUUCCUGUGUGUAAGGAAAGCGACUCCUUCCCAGUCUGGACAAGAAGAAGAAGCAAGACGCAGUAUGGUGGAUAAUCAGGAGGAAGAUGAAGAUUCUGUUUAUGCGAACAAGACGGUUUUAUCAGAGUCACUUCAUUACUCCACUAUCGUGUUUCCAAACGGAGCGGGAAGUGAAAUCAGAGGCCUUUCCAAGCUCACUGCUGAAUACGCCAACAUCGGCCACGCCUCCAACCAUCAAACCAUGGAGGGAGCUACAGGAUCAGCCUUCAAGGAAGUCCAGGAAGAAAACAAUAUAAAUACGGACAGUGAAAAGAUGUGUGAAGAGGAGGUAACUUACGGAAACAUCACACGUCAGCCUAUGAUGGAGCAAACUCCUUCUGAUUUAGGUGAAAAUGGUAAUAAUGAAAUAAAACAACUGCAGAUAGAAGAAAGAGAUUCAGAACAUCUGAAACAGUCAGAUGAAGCUGAAGGUUUUUAAGCAGAUCAUAAAUGUGAAUUAAAAAAAACAACAAAAAAACAAUAAAACCUACAUUUAUUUAGUUUAGAUAGAGAUACAUGAUAAAGUGAUAAAUAUCUAUUUAUAUUUCUGUUGUACUGAUUAGUGAACAUUUUGUCCUCAAAGUUGAUGUUAGAAGCAGGAAAAAUGGACAAGCGUAAGGAUUUGAGCGAGUUUGAUGAAGGGCCAAAUUGUGAUGGUUAGACCACUGGAUCAGAGCAUCUCCAAAACUGCAGCUCUUGUGGGGUGUUCCCGGUCUGCAGUGGUCAGUAUCUAUCAAAAGUGGUCCGAGGAAGGAACAGUGGUGAACCGGAGACAGGGUCAUGGGCAGUUAAGGAUCAUUGAUGCACGUGGGGAGAGAAGGCUGGACCAUGUGAUCCGAUCCAACAGACGAGCUACUGUUGAUCAAACUGCUGAAGAAGUUAAUGCUGGUUCUGAUAGAAAGGGGUCAGAAUACACAGUGCAGGACAGGUCAGGGCUGUUUUGGCAGAUAUUUGGCAAUAUUAGGCGGGUGGUCAUAAUGUUAUGCCUGGUUUGUGUAUAUAUAUACAGUAUAUAUAUAUCCAGAAUAUAUCCAGAAACAGUGGUAAGAGAUAAAUAAACACAGCAUCUGAAGUCUGAACUUUAUCCCCUGAAGAGGUUGUGUUUAUUUUUCUCUGCACACAAUGGAAGUAAUUUACAUUAUUUUAAAUGAGUAACCUGUUAGUAUUAAUGAAUCAGAGACACUUUAUUUUUCCUCUGUUUGUGUUGGUUGUUGUUGUCUGCUGCUACCUGACGACAUACUCAUUCUGAGUUUCUAUAUUAUUGAGCUUAAAGGUGUAUUUAACAGGAAGUGUGAGGACAUCUGACCUGAGCCCACAGAGCAGUAUCAGUGGAUAUGGGACUGUAUGUAUAGUCUGGUGAAUCCCAGCUCACAACACACAUCAGUGUCGAUGUUGGUGAAUGAGGGAGAUAGGGAAAGACGAGUGUCUCAGUCUUACAAGCAAUCGUAUCUCUGCAUGCUCGCUGUGCUCUCCUUAUUCAACACAUAGUUUUGUCACCAUAAAGCUGUUGAUACUUGUUUUAUUGUAUUGAAUUACAUUGUAUUGUACUACAGAUGCUGUAGUUCAUCCUCUUGAUAAUUUUACAGGGCACAGCUUACAGUCUUUUUUAUAGUUUUAUACAAUAAUCUAUAAUCUAUAAAAUAUCUCCUGAUCACCUGAUUGUUGUUAUUUGCUUAUUAGUGCAAUACGAUUCACUAGAAUUGUAACACAUAGUAUUAUCUAGCAUCAGUAUCAGACACUGGUAUCUCUAUAUUAUUGAUGAUUAUGAGUACAAGUAAAUGAGCCUGUUAUCUGAUUGUAAGGUUCUCUGAAUCAUUUUUUUUUUCAUCGUCAGUGAGGAUGCUGUACAAAGUGCUGAUCUUGCGACCAAAAUAUUUCUGAAUCAUAUCAUAAAACAUGACAAUAUACUGUAAUGUAUUUUAUACAUGCAUAUAUUACAGACUGCAUUAAAAUCUCCUUUUGUGCA